AAAUCAAUUUUUUUCUUAAAAAAAAAAUUUUCCAAAUUUUAUAUUUUAUUUCAAAGAUUUUGUCGUUGUCAAAUCAAAAAAAGAAAAUUACGAAAAUGCUUCUAACAAACAGUGAAACGUUUCUUAGUGAAAUGAGUAAACUAUUCUAUACAAAUCAAAUGAAAGGUGGUUCAAUUUAUAUCACUAUGAAACGAAUUGAUAAUUCACCGAAACCAAAACCACGACCACGUACGGAAAAAUUGAAAAAAUCGAAAUUACCGAAAAAUUCCAACAAAGAUGAACAACCAAAACAACAACAACAACAACAGCAAACAAAAGAAUAUAAAUGCCUAAUUCGUGUACAUGAUCGUACAAGAAAAAUUAGUAUCAUUGUUUCGGCAAAAGAUGUAAAUAAAUUUCAACAAGCAUAUUCUAAUCUUUUAAAAGGAAAUCUUUAUGGUUUGAAAAAGAAAGAUAAAAAGAAAGCGAUGAAAAAAUCCAAAGCAACACAAUGAUUUAUUUUUUUUUGUAUCAAUUCAUCGAUUCUUUUCUUUGUU